GAUGUAAAUUUGAUGUACUUAUAAUUUAAAUCCUUUGUUGCUAAUAUCUUGCAGAGUUUUACCCCUUUUUAAGUUGGCAAAAGUUUCCUAGAUCCUCUACUUUGCACUUCUGAAAUGUUGUAGGUUUAGAGCCACGUAUGUUUGUUUUUCGGAAGUUGCUCCUUUUGACGUGUAAUGUUUUGAGAAUUGAUUGCGCUUUUAUCCUAGUAAUUUGAUUACCGAUUAUUCUGGCUUCUGGGCAUCUAGUUUUAAGAAUGUAUCAUGAAAAAAAAAAUGCAAACUAGGUGUUUGGUAUUGUGGGGGUAAACUUUAAUGAAAGCAAUCAUGUGUUUAACCUUAAUAAGCAACUUAUUUCCUAAUCAAGUUAGAUCAAAAUGGAUAUUUCAAAAGCCUUUUAGGUGUUGGAUGGAUUUGGUUAAAAUUUUCUUUGGAUAUCGAAAUAGGUUGGUAUGAGUAAUUAGUUGACUGUAACUGGGAAUAGCUGUUGUGUGAAAUAACGAAAAUCUUGUUUUACCCCGCAGGUUUCCUUAGAAAGUUGUCCAAGUGAGGUCUUCAUCCAUAUGUCAGCUGCAAGAUGCUGGGAGCUCGUCAGAGAGAAAGUGAAUCAAGAAAUUGCCAAGCAACAUAAGCUGGGAAGAAAGGGCCUUCCUCCUUUACAGCCCCCGGGUAGCCUUGAUGGCUUAGAAAUGUUUGGGUUUUCUUCACCAGCAAUAGUGCAGGCUAUUGAAGCGCUGGAUCGAAGUCGAGUGUGUAAUGAAUAUUGGGACUCACGGCCGUACUCCCGCCCUUUAGGACAGAUUUCACAAUCAUGCCAAAGCAGUGUUAGUGGUGGCAGUGGUCAAGGUGUUCUCUUGAAUAAGCAAAUUCCCGUUGAUGUUGUUGCAGUAUUAAGGAGCCUAUGUAAAAAGGCUAAUGCAGAAGAAUUGAACUCGUUGUACAGCAUUCUUAGUGAAAGUAGGCCACAGGCUGACAGGAGCCAAAUUGCGCAAUUUCUUAAAGAAGAGAUGCACAAAUCACAACCACCCUAGGUAAUUCAUUAUUUGGACGGAAUUGUUCAUUCGCCUAACCUUCUCACGUGUAUAUUGUAGUUCCUCCGAGGUUGCACAUGCAAUUUCAUGCAACCUUAAUCUUUUGAUUUUUUUUUCCCAUCUGAAUGGAGGUUAUAGAGAAAGAGAAAGAAAAAAACGAAAAUAAAAUUAGAAAAAAUGUGGGUGGGGGAAGCCUAUUUUUCCCUUCAAAAUUUUGCUCUUUACUUGUGGCAGCUAGAAGAUGUGGAAAGUUAUCAAGUGCCACUAUGGCUGUCUCAUCUGAAACUCUGAAGGGCGAGGCUACCAAGCCUUUACAAUUGAUUUUGAUUCAUAUGUUGUACACGCAGUUUUAAACUACAUGUAGGUUCAUGUUUAGAUUUGAUUAAUUAUUUUAGAAAAUAGCUUUUUACUCGUAUUAAGCUGUUUUCUCCAAAAAAGUACAUAUCUUACAAAAGGGCUCUUUUUUUUU